ACUGACAUUCCUGUGGAGUAAGGAGGACAGAGGCAGCAGCAGGUGCAGGCAAGCUGACCCAUAUCCCUCUUUUUAAGAUGGGAGAACUUAUUACUGAAUGUAAAUAAAAUGUAAUUUUGAGAAGAUAAAUAAGCCCAUCAGAAAGGUGCUAGUCCUUUAUAAACACUGAAUAUGGAGAGAAUACCAUGCAAAAAUUAUAUCUAGCCUUCAAAAGAAGUUAAUCAAAACACAUCCAACUUAAACAACGUACAGUAUCUAAUGACCAAUAGCAAAGAAACAAGUAGGACCACUAAAGACGUAGAUGAAAAGUCAGUAUCACGUGUCCGUAGACCUAUCAGACCAGAGACUGCUAUAUUAGUUAAAAGAUCUACCAAAACUAUGUCCCAGAAUCAGGCCAACAGACCAGUUAUCCCUCCCAGAAGACCAGGUUUUAAAGUAUGCUACAUUUGUGGAAGGGAAUUUGGCUCAAAAUCAGUUGCCAUACAUGAACCCAAAUGCCUGGAGAAAUGGCACGUAGAGAAUAAACGUCUCCCAAAGUCUCUCCAACGAGCAGCUCCAAUAAAACCCCAGACUUCUGCAGAUGCCUCUGAUGAUGCUGAGAAUGCCGCAGCCUGGCAAAGUUCCCAAGCACAGCUUAUACCAUGUGGAAACUGUGGUCGUACAUUCCUACCCGAGCGGCUUCUUGUGCACCAGAAAAGUUGCAAACCAACCGGCAAGAGUUUAGGAUCUCCACAUUCCACAAUUAGCAACUCAAUGACAAAUCCCAGUUCCAUAACAACAUCAAAAACAGACAGUGUGUCUUCCGAUACUAAGACUCCAAUAAAGCCAAAAACAUUAGUAUGUUACAUAUGUGGACGGGAGUUUGGCACUAAAUCUCUCCCAAUUCAUGAACCAAAGUGUCUUGAGAAAUGGAAAAUCGAAAAUGAUAAAUUACCUAAAGGGCAACGAAGGCCCAUUCCCCAGAAACCUCAAAUGGAUUUCUCUGAUCAGACUAGCAGGGAAGAACAAAAUAAAGCAGCCUGGCAGAGCUUUAAGAAUCAACUGUUGCCGUGUCCAAACUGUGGUAGAACCUUUGCAAGUGACCGCCUGAUAGUCCAUCAAAGAAGUUGCAAGGAUAAAGCAGGAGGUCCAAGCGGCAAAAAUAUUACUAUGCAUGCCAAUAAACAAAUGCAAAAAAAUGAAGAGACAGAAAGCACAAAUCAGAAGCCUGCAGUAAUAAAACCACCACCCACAGUUGUAUGCUACAUAUGUGGCCGUGAGUUUGGCACAAAAUCUAUCAACAUCCAUGAACCCCAGUGCUUAAAGAAGUGGCAUCUGGAAAAUGAAAAAUUACCUAAGAAUUUGCAAAGACCUGAACCAAAGAAGCCAGAAGUCAGAGCGAUUGGGGCAAAAGGCUCCUACGAUCUUGUUGCUUUAAAUGAGGCUGCCUGGCAGAGUGCCCAGAGCCAACUGGUUGCAUGCAAUAUCUGUGGACGUACCUUCCUGCCAGACAGACUUCUUGUCCACCAGCGGUCCUGUAAAGUGAAGAAAACAAAGUAGUGCGAGUCACAGUCCCGUCUAAUAAUGUAAUACAGGACUUGAGGGAACUGUAAAAUCUCUGCACAGUAAGUGUGCCUUCAGGAUAACGCAUUACAUUGUUAUAUUGGCAAUGACGUGAUUACCAUUGGUUACCAUAUUAAAUGCUGAGAAAAUUCUGA